CUCCUCCUUUCUUGGCGCCUGCUGUGAGUGUUUCGGGCCCUAAACGGGGCACUGAGGGGUUAUCCGGGGUGCCGCCCUCGCGCUCCCCUGCGCCCCCCGUAGCCAUGCCUCGCAAAAUCGAGGAAAUCAAGGACUUUCUGCUCACGGCCAGGCGAAAGGACGCCAAAUCCGUCAAGAUCAAGAAAAAUAAGGAUAAUGUGAAGUUUAAAGUGCGGUGCAGCAGAUACCUUUACACCUUGGUCAUCACGGACAAGGAGAAGGCAGAGAAACUGAAGCAGUCCCUGCCCCCAGGUGAGCGAGCCUGGGGUCCUGGGGGGCAGGGACUGAAACGUGGAAGGCAGCUGUGUUGCCAUCUUUCUUGAGUUGUCCCCAGGUUU